CUCCUUCGGUCCCGUCGGGGGCUCCUUGGGGAGCGCGGCCCCCUCGCCUCAGCUGCCUACGCCCAUCCCGGGUAAAUGGGUUUGCAUGACAUUUCCUACAAACUAAGGCAGUUCCAUGUCUUGCUUGGACUGUUCCUGUAUUCUACGGACACGAGUUGAAUCCUUUGGAGCAGAAAAGAACUCUGAGGACAGCAGCAGUCAAGACUCGACAGAUGAAUCUGCUGUGUUUUGGAGCCAUUCACCUAGAAGAGGAGAUGAACAAAUAUCAUGGUCCUCCGAUGUAUCACAUUAUGAUCUCCAGGUGGAAAUAGGAAAGGGAUGCAACGACUUGACUUCGGUCUACCUCGCCCGCCAUAUCCCUACAGGAAGGCCGGUGGCUGUUAGGAUUACAGAUCUGGAGAGAUGUUCUGAAGAACGCUUGAAAGCUUUGCAAAAUGAGGUGACAUUAUGCCACGCCUUUCGACAUCCCAAUAUCAUGACCCUUUGGGCAGUGUUCACCACUGGAAGCUGGCUCUGGGUCAUUUCUCCUUUCAUGGCCUAUAGUUCAGCCAGUCAUCUGCUGAGGACUUAUUUCCCUGACGGCAUGAGUGAAGCGUUGAUAGGAAAUAUCCUGUUUGGCGCCAUUAGCGGGUUAAGCUACAUGCACCACCAUGGCUACAUUCACAGAAGCAUUAAAGCUAGCCACAUACUGAUUUCCGGGGAUGGCCUAGUUUAUCUGUCUGGCUUAAACCACCUUUACAGUUUAGUCAACAAUGGACAAAGGUUAAAAGCUGUAUACGACUUCCCCCAGUUUAGUACAUCAGUGCUUCCUUGGCUGAGUCCUGAACUACUGAGACAGGAUAUAUAUGGAUAUAAUGUGAAAUCCGACAUCUACAGUGUGGGGAUUACAGCAUGUGAAUUAGCUAACGGGCGUGUACCGUUUCAGGAUAUGCCUCGCACACAGAUGCUGCUGCAGAAACUGAAAGGCCCCCCGUACUGUCCCUGGAGUUCCAAUACUUUCCCAUGCAGUGAAUCCAGGAUAAAAAAUUCCCGGUCGGGGAUUGACUCCGGAAUCGGCGAGAGCAUGACGCGCACGAUGACCAGCGAGAGGCUGCAGACGCCUCCCAAGACCUUCUCCCCUGCUUUUCAUAACUUGAUAGAGCUCUGCUUGCAGCAGGAUCCCGAGAAAAGGCCUUCAGCCAGAGGUCUUCUGUCACACACUUUUUUCAAGCAGGUGAAAGAGCAAAGCAAAGGUUCGUUGCUUUCGCUGUUGUCUCCCGCUAUCCAGCACACCCAGUCGCAAAUACCAGCAGUGCAUUCGUCAGCCCUUUGGAGUAAGUCUAAAUGUCUUUUCACAAACGAGAGAGAGAGAUACUGGGAAUUCUAGAGCAAUGUCGUCCUACUUCUGCCAUAUGUC